CCACCACGCAUACAGGGAACGUGCAUUAAUGCAUCGUUAAUAAGGCCUCCCAGAAACACAGCGUUGUCGCAGGCGGUAGGCCCAGCUGCAGGAGCAUAUCUAUCAUCAACGCGCGUAUAACAUUACAACUACUUUCGGUGAGAGAAAAACGCGUGUGAGCGCGUGGCAAUCGGUAUUUGUAAUAGCGUGAGCCUCACUUCACUGAUUGCUAGGAUAUACUGCAGCAGUGUACAUAAUUCUAGCACUCGUCAAACGUAGGGCAGGCCUGGAGAUCGCACAACAGAACGCAUGGCGUGAAUGUUUGCCGCGCGUUUCUAGCAGGCGCUGUAGUGGAUACUGACGACGUAGCUUAGCGCUCCGUCCCCAUACGAUGGGGAGCUGCCUGUCCAAAGGCCAGGGGGGACCGGUGGACUCGGCACCGAGCGCGGCACUGAACAGUGCUUCAACUGCGCCCGGGUGUGCCAGCGCUGGCAUAAAGACAGCAACGCAACGCACAUCUGGUGCCCCAGCACAAGGCGUUGGAAGUCUUUCAAAAGGCGAAAGGCCCUGUGGCUCCGCGAACGGCCUAAGCCUCACCGACAUCACCCUAGCGCAGUCGAACACAUCUGGCCUGGAUGCUUCUUGCUCCACACACGCGGUGCAGCCUGCCGCGGCCGGCGCCGACCCCACACGCAGCACCUCCAGCGGCCUUGACGGUACAGGUCCCGGCGGCGGGGCCGCCGGCGCCAUCGCGUCUGCCGGGGCUGCGAGCAGCAAGCGCUCCACGCUGCCAAUAAACUCUAACAGCCUGAGGUGCAGCUUCGCAGCUGAGGCGGCGCCGGUCGGCGCAUUCCACCGCCGCAACACCGGCACCAGCUCCCAGUUCAGCACGCAUGGCAAGGCCGCGGCACAGGUCCCACGGGGCAGCAACAGCAACAGCAGCAAUGGCCCUAGCUCGGCCUCCCAGGGGCCUGCGGGGGGAUCGGCAAAGGGGGGCGCGUCCUGCGCUGCGCAGCAACAGGCGGCUGGGAAGCUGGGCGUAAGCGAUCAGGCGGACGAGGCGAUUGCGAGAGCCGUGCACUUCGCGACCACACAAGAUCCGCUGCCGGACUUCGAUCUGACGGCGGCGCUGCGGGCGGUCCCCGCCGACCUGGCGGCCGCAGCCGCCGCAGCCGCCGCAGCCUACCCGCUGCUAGGCGUGCUGGCACCAGGGCUGCCGGCGCCCCUCGAGGUGCUGCAGAGGCUGUGGCAGCUGGAGUCGACAGACGCGGCCAAAGCGGUGGCAAGGACGCUGGCUGCCAUCGGCGUGCUGCGACUUGCCAGCCUGGAUGACGGCAGCCCCUGGGCCCUCGCCGACCCCCAGCACGUGUCUCACGCUGCCGCGAUGUGGCCGGAGGUGGUGUCGGCCGCGCACGUGACACUGCUCAACAGCUACACGCGGUCGGGCAUGCUGACGCUGGAGGCCGUGCCUGACGACGGAUACAUCCUGCAGGCCAUCUCGCACCACCUGCUGGGUGCGGGCCAGCUGGCGCAGCUGCGUGCGCUGCUGAUGAGCGCGCGCUGGCUCGAGACCAAGCUGUAUAGCUACGGCGCCGGCGCCACCGUGCAGGACUUCAGGAGGUACCUGGUGCACGUGGCCAUGGAUGUGGAGGCUGGCGACAUGGAGCUGGUCGCCACCAGCGCCAGCCGCCAGAUCAAACUGCUCCUGCAGGCCUUCCAGCUCAGCCUGGGGGCGGUGCGGCAGCGCCCCCGCGCCCGCAUGCUGCGCACCCAGAUGCUGGCGCGACUGGUCGCAGUGGCGGGACCGCGGCAGCAGCAGCAGCAGCAGCAGCAGCAGCAGCAGCAGCAGCAGCAGCAGCAGCAGCAGCAGCAGCAGCAGCAGCAGCAGCAGGGUGACUCGGACGCCCAGCAGACCAGCGCCACGUCGGCGCCCGCCAGCAACGCCAACACGACGGCUGCGGCUGCGGCGGCAGCGGCGGCGGCUGCUGCUGCUGCUGCGGCGGCGGCCAAUGUGCACCAGGAGGAGUUGGAUCCGUAUGAUGAGGAUGAGGACGUCGGCGGGCUGCGGGACUGGUAUGAGUUCCAGGUGGCUCAGUGCGCGGCCGAGUCCAUCAUCACCACUGGCGGCCGCCGCGCACGUCACCUGCUGCCGCGCUCCGCCAGCCUUGCACAGGCGGGCGCGCUGCAGCGGCUGGUGCUGCGCGGCCACACCGCCCCGGUGCGGCGCGUGGCCAUCUCGCCCGCCGGCACGGAGCUGCUCACGGCGUCGGACGACGGCAGCGCGCAGCUGUGGGACCUGAACGUGGGCGACUGCGUGUUGCGGCUGGAGCUGGGCCAGCGACUGGCCGCCGGCUGCUUCACACCCAACGGCCGGGCCGUCGCACUGGGGGCCGCCGACGGCACCGCGGCGGUCUGGAACCUGGCGGCGGCGGGGGCGCCGGGCGCGGCGGCGGCGGCGGCGGCGGCGGGGAUGGGCGGCGCCAAGGGCUCCACGCGGGUGCUGAAAGGCCACACCGGCAGCAUCAACGCCCUGGCUAUCGACAAGCAGGGCCUUCACCUGCUGACCGCCUCAGCCGACACCACGGCCCGCGUGUGGGACCUGGCCUGUACGCUGCCCGGCGGCGGCUCCGGCUGCGAGGUCGUAUUCGUGGGCCACGAGGGCGCGCUUCUGGAUGCCGCGUUUUCUGCCGACGGCACCCUAGCCGCCACCGCCUCGGAAGACUUCACCAUCCGCGUGUGGGACAUGGACGACGACGGCGAGGGCGAGGCCGAGGGCGGCGGCGACGGCGACAGCGACGGAGGCGGCGGGCGAGGCACCGGCGGUGCGCUGCGGGAGGGCAAGGAUGAUGAGGAGACGUGGCUCAUCUGGCAGGCCGGCGGCGUGCAGACCAAGCCCAAGGCGCCGGCGGAGGCGCGGCGGCAGAAGGCGUUGCGCGUGCUGGAGGGCCACGCCGGCUGGGUCACCAGCGUGGCCUUCAUCGGCACCAGCAGCCGCCUGGUGUCAGCAUCGCACGACGGCACCGCGCGCAUCUGGGACGCCGACAAGGGCCGCCUGCUGCACGUGCUGUCGGGCCACGCCGCCCGCAUUAACCGGGUGGCGGUGGACGCGGGCGGCAGCUGGGCCGUCACCGCCAGCGACGACAAGCGGGCGCGGGUGUGGGACUGCGACACGGGACAGCUGGUGUCGGAGCUGGUGGGACACGACAGUCACGUGGACGACGCCGCCAUAUCACGCGACGGCCGCAAGGUGGUGACCGCCACCACCGACGGUAGCUGCGCGGUGUGGGACCGGGCCAGCGGCGCGCGGGAGGCGGUGCUGGGCGGGCACGUGGGCGGCGUGUGCGGCGGCGUGGUGCUGUCACAGCGCGGCAGGUUCGCCGUCACGGGCGGGCUGGACGGCACGGCGCGUGUGUGGGACCUGGCAGCGAGCGGCACCGCGGCGCGGCCGCCGCCCACCCACGGCGGCGGGCGAGUGACCAGCCUGACGCCGCUGCGGCCCGUGGCGGGCGCGGACGGCGCCACAGUUGUGCUGGUGGUGUCGGCGGGCGAGGACGGCCGGAUCAUGCUGUGGGACCCCGUCGAGGGCUGCUGCGUCAAGGCGCUUCAGGGCCACAGCAGCGCGGUGCUGUUCGUGGGCGCGGCGGAGGACGGCGAGCGCAUGCUCACAGGCAGUGGGGACCGCAAGGUGUGUCACUGGCACUGGUCCGACUACACACGCGCCGUCGCCGCCGUGGGCCGCCGCGCCUCUCUGAAACGGCGUGAGCUGCUCAUGCGGUCCGUGCUUGCGACCAUGACCACGGGCGGCCUGGCGCGCGGCGGCGGCGGCCACACGAUCAGCGGUUGUCGCAUCGGCGGCGGCGGCGGCGGCGACAGCUUCAACUUGAGUGGAGCGCUGCACGUGGCGGGGCUGAGCACGAUAGAUGGGAUGGACGGCGCUGCCAGCUGUGGCGCGGGCUGCGGCGGCGGCGGCGGCGGCGGCAUCAUGAGCACUCAUGACAUUGACGACGACCCCCUGGCGGACAUACUCGCGGCGGCGGCGGCGGCGGCGGGCAGCGGCGGCGGCGGCGGCGGCAGCACCAAGAUACGCACCGGCAGCGCCGGCGGCGUGAGCGCCAUUGCUGCCGGCGCCAUGGGCGCGCCACACCGCGCGCGCGCCCCGAUCGUGCCCGCGGGCCGUGCCGGGAGCGGGUCGUCGACGGCGGCGGCGGGUGGCGGCGGCGGCCUGGGCAUGGGCAUGGGCAUGGGCGGCGUCGCGCCAGGCAGCCGCGCACACAGCCGCCAGGCGCUCAGUCACCACCUCCCUGGGGGGCCCGCCGGCACCACCAGCGCCGCACAGCGGCAGCUGUUGCUGAGUACGCUGCCCGGCGGUUCCGCCGCCACCGCCGCGGCCGGCGGUGGGCCAGCGAGCAGCGACCUGACAGGCAGCGCCGCCACCGCCGACGGCACCAGCAGCAGCAUUGGCGGCCUCACCGGUGACCUGACGGCGGCGGCUGCUGCCGCCGCCGCCGCGCUGGCCGUGGGCAACGCCUCUACGGCGUCAACCGCCACAACCUUGAGGAGCAUUCGCGAAGUUGCGGCUGACCCCGCCCGCCACUCCGGCAUCCUGGCGCAACCCGGCAGCCGCGUCAAGGCGAUGGCCUUCGAUGGCGGUUGCCGGUUGGCUGCCGUACUGCUGUACGACUCGUCGGUUUCGGUCUGGGAUGUCGAAACCGGCCGUACGGUUUCGCAGCUGAUACGGCGGGGGGAGCGCGACAAGCACACGGGCGGUGUGACGGGGGUGGCGAUGAGUCGGGACGGGGCGACGUGCGUGACCAUGUCACGCGACAAGACCGCGCGCGUGUGGGAUGUCAAGACGGGCGCGACGCGCUUCGUGGUCAGUGGCCACCGCGACAGCCUGGUCGCAGCCGACAUCGCCGCCCCGCCGGCCCCGGCCGCUGCCACCGCAGACCUCAGCUCCCUUGCCUUCAAGGACGCCACCGCCGCCGCCGCGGCGGCCGCCACGGCCGCUGCCGCCGCCGCCAGCCCGUCGCUGCUUGCAACCGCCUCGUACGACGGUACGGUGCAGGUGACUAAUCUGGCAACGGGCGCGGCGAUGGCGGUGCUGGCUCACCCGCACCCGCCUACAGCUCUCGCGUUCAGCCCGGGUGGCGGUGGCCACUUGGCAGUGGCCAUGGAGGACGGACACGUGGUGCUGUGGGACCUGCAGGGCCGGCGCUGCCUGCCGCAGCUUGCAGCGCACCGCGGCCACCCCCUGUCCGUGCUCACAUGGUCCCCGGACGGCAACCUGCUGCUCACUGGCGCCGCCGACUGCAUGCUGCGCGUGUGGCGCGUCGUGGUGCCGCCGCCACAGCAGCAGCAGCAGCACAGCACGCGCAGCGUGACAGGCGGCGGCGUCGCAGGCGCCGCAGGCGCCAGCGGGGGUCUGGCGCCACCUCCGGCGGCACUGGUGGAGCUAGGUGGCGGCGCCGCCACAGCGGAGGGUGACGAGAUCGGUUUCUUCGUGGCAGACGCAGCCAUCACGUCCGCGUGCUUUGCAGGCAACACGGUGGCUGUGGGCGACGCCUCGGGCUCCGUCCAUUUCCUGGACCUCACCGGUCAGCCGGCCUGAUCGACCAGCAUGCCGGACCCUACCGGCGGGACCGUAUUGGGACUGCCGGCGCAUGACACCGCAGGGGCGACGGUGUCGACCCCACGGAGCGCCAUCCCGCCCCUGGCUUUGGGCAUCGCGGUAGGCCCACACAGGACCACAGGGAUGGGAUUUUGUGCCUGGAACAAACAAUCACCCAGGAUAUUGGCCGCGCCGCGCUACAGCAGAUCAGAACGGUACUAAUACUGGCCGAGCGCGCAUUGCUAAGGGAAAUGAAACAACCUAGGGUGCUAUGUGGGCCUACGCGGUUUACGGCGCGCAGCGCACUGCUGUAUGCCAAGCAUGAAAGAGCGCCUGUGGCUUAACGGUAAUAAACCGCAUGCAGGAACAAAGUUGGAAAGGGAUAACUGCUUUUUAUGAGAGCGGGUUGCUCAGCCUAUGUUUGUACUCCGUAUGCAUAAAUAAUGGGGAACAGUGCGGCAGGUUUGAUUGCCAUGCACCUGUGCAAGAAUGGGACGGGCUCGCUUGUUCGGUAUGUUGUUUGCCACCAGAUAAGCGGAUUUAGGUAGCCAUCAACCUCUUCAGGGCUUAUUGUCGAUGCGGCGGAUGCGCCGCUUGGCGACUUGGCUUGACGGUCCUGACCAUCACAGCUGGCAGGGGCAGCUUGGGACGUAUGGAAGUCACGUGCGAAUUGAAGAUGCGGGGUGCAUACAGCUUUCCUGUUGUUCUUUCACACCAGUUAGCGAUCUGCUGGUUUCAGGAGGGCCAAAUAAAUAGCAGGCGCAAGCAGCAGCGGUUCCGUGCCGUGCUGGUGUCUGCGCCUGAGGCUGCACCAGUUGCGACCAUUGGUGUUGUGAUGAGCAUUUACGACAGAUGCCAAACGGAAUGAUCUUUAUGCCGAGGGCUGGAACGGAAUAAGUAAUCGGUGUAUGCCAUUGGAGGACCACCAUGCUUACUUGGGACCUCGGUCCUUCAUGAUGAUGAUGAUGAUGAUGAUGAUGAUGCGUCUUGUUAUGAACAACCAAUAAAGAUGAAGGAGCUCUGGCGCUUGCUCCUGCCGGUGCUUAUCGCAUGUGUUGCUAUGUCCCCAAGGACCAGAGCUGGUGGUGCUUGAGCGUGGUGUUUGGUGCUCGAGAUGCAAGACUGUAUCCGCACCGGUAGGUUGUCAGGCGCUGGCGGAGGGCUCAGGAGUAGGGAGGUCUGCAUGCCGGGUGCUCCUUUUCCCGUGUAAGCGGUACGGUGGCUUAUGGUUCAAGCUGCAUGUUUUCGGCAUGCAUGCACGAAUUGGUGCCCUGAUAUAUGCUGUAUGUGCGUGUGCUGUGGGCGAACCGGCAAAAGGAGAGCCACAACGCUGGGCCGCCGGGGGAGACGGGUGGUGAGCAUGGUCUGGAGGCCCUGUCGAUGUGUUGUGUGUGUGUGUUUGUGUGUGUGUGUGUGUGUGUGUGUGUGUGUGUGUGUGUGUGUGUGUGUGUGUGUGUGUGUUUGGCCGCGUCUCUACGUAGAAUGGCGCAAUGUAACACGGCGCAGCUAGUGGUGACGUAUGCAAGGUGUUUGUUAAUUCUGCAUGUGGUCGUGGGGUGAAAGGGAAGCUCUCCAGGGCUGCUGCUGACGUGUGCUACGACCUUUGAGGCGGUGCUCCCCGUUUCGACUUGGACUGCUGGUUGGUGCAUGCAAUGCGGGCUCGGGAUACUUAUGACACACGGCAAGAGUGGUUUCAAACCAGUGCGUGUCAUGGGAAAGGCAGGUAUGAGCUACGUACCACAUUGAUGGGUUGGUGUAUUGUGUGACAGGGCGGCGCUUUAAUGCGCUGGGUAGUUUCCUGUUGUCCCUUCCGCCUGCAAUAAGCCAAUGAGGAUGGUGAUUGGCGUACUUCGCCUGAUAAACACGGCGCAUGAGCUGUUGAUGCCCUCGCCAUGCAAAAUGGAUAUUGAUUUCGGGUCGACGUUGUGGACUCUUGUGCCGCCUGCAUGGUUAUCCCCAGGAUUCCGGGGGGGUCUUCAGGUUGCUUGUCAAUGUUGCCGCCACGCAUGUUCGACCGGUGCACCGGCAGACGCCCGAAUAAGUACAGCAUGGCUGUGCGACAGCGGCCAUGUUGCUGACAAGUGGGUCGGCAGUUGGACGUACCCUAUAUUGCGGCGCACGUGCGUGCGCGCGCGCGCGCGUGUGUGUGUGUGUGUGUGUGUGUGUGUGUGUGUGUGUGUGUGUGUGUGUGUGUGUGUGUGUGUGUGUGUGUGUGUGUGUGUGUGUGUUGAUGAAGUAGCCGCGCGCGACCGUGGUAAUCGUUUCCCAAUAAGUGCUCAUGUGUGAAUCAAGCGGUUGAUCGAUCCGAGGAGCUGCGUCCACAUGCUGACACCUACACGAAGAUAAUGGCUACAUGUGCAUGAGAUGGAUGCCGUAAUUUUAUUAUGCACAGUUGAAUAAACAAGGCAGCACGAGUACCCGCGCUGGCGAUGAUGUUUUAUAACAUGGAGAUUUUGUAGUUGGGCAGGCUCAUCCGGAAGUCGGGCGGGUGUGUGGGGACGCGGCGUUAGUGAGAGCCACGAAUGGCCCUAAUACCGUGGGGGCAUGUUGCACCUGUGGAGGGCACUGUAGUUGGUAGACGGGAGGCUGUAGUUGUGAGUCCAGGUGGGAUAAUAUGACCUGUGACUUACUAAGAAGCUCCACGAGGAAGCGCUGGCCGCUGGGUGUUCCCGCCUGGCCCUUUAGACGUACGUGGGAAACCUGGCUGGUGUGAGUGUUGGCCUGUGGUGCCUGGUCGUGCGUGCCGCAGCAAAGCAAUCGGCGGCUAACUCUGUAAGGGCACAACCCA